GGACAAGUCAACUAAAGCGCCCAGAGAAGGUGCGGAUGCCCCUGAAUACAAGAAGGGUACCAAUGGUAUAUGGAUUGGCAACCUGUCCUUCAGAACAAGCGAGGAAGACCUCACAACUUUCUUCACCACACUCAAACCAUUGGGCAAGGACAAGAGUCCGACUGCUUUCGCUCCCAUCACAGCCAAAGAUAUUAUUCGCAUUUCUCUACCGCAAGGCGAAAAGAAAGGGCAGAAUAAGGGAUUCGCCUACGUCGACUUUGCAACGCCUGAACAGCAAGAAACGGCAAUCGCACUCAGUGAGCGUAUACUACAGUCUCGCAACGUCCUCAUUAAAAAGGCAGACAGCUUUGAAGGUAGACCGGAGAAAACUGCUGCCACUGAAGCUGCAGAUGAAAAAGCAACCAAGAUCCUUUAUGUAGGCAACUUGAGCUUUGACAUAACAGGCGAGGAGCUCACAGAGUACCUUGGAGGCGAAGCGGCGGGCAUUAAAAAGAUGCGCAUGGCUACGUUCGAGGACUCUGGCAAGUGUAAGGGCUUCGCCUUUGUCGACUUCAAGUCUGUUGAUGAGGUCAAGCGUGUCUUGGCGAACAAGAAGCUACGUACCAUGAAUGGCAGGAAGCUCAAGAUGGAGUUUGGAGAAGAUCGAUCACAGAGGCGCAAGCCGUUCGUGAGACAACCGGAAGAGUCUACCAGAGCACCAGGCCGGACGGAGGAAACUGGAAAGCGCGAUCCAAGAACCAUCACACCUGGAGCAGCUUUGACGAAUGCCCAACGUGCGUCGACUGCCAUUGUUGCUAGUACAGGGCAAAAGACGACGUUUGAGUAGUCUGCCGUCGAGGUGAGAUACAGAGUAUCAGGUAAGCUCUGAUAGCAAUGGUCGAAGCCCAUCUGGCAAAUGCCCCUGGCACGAGUGACCGUGAGACUUUUUUC